AUGUCUGACAAACCCGAUCUGGCUGAGAUCAAGAAAUUUGAUAAGUCGAAAUUGAAGAAGACAGAAACACAAGAGAGAAACCCUCUGCCUUCAAAAGAAACCAUGAAACAGGAGAAGCAAGCAGGCAAAUCAUAA